GCCAGUUGCAGUCGGAAGAGAACUUGCGGGUUGCUGGCCGGAGCGGAAGGUCCAGACCCCGCGGGAUGCGGGGAGCGCCGCGUCCUGGGGACCUGGAUGCGAGGGGACCCCGUCUGCCCCGGCGACCUGCCCCUCCGCGGCCUCACGCGCUGAACGCGGGGACUUGCAUUUCUGAAAGUUUGCCCCCGGGAGCGUUUCCCCGCGUUCACUCUCCGCAUCCCGGUGAACGCACCCCCAGUCCUGCGCCCCGCGCUGCUCCCCGCCGCCCGCGGUCGCAUGGUCGCGGCUCCUGGCGGCACCAGAUCGGGCCGGGAUCGGGCUCCCGAGGAGAGGGGGCAGCGGAGCAGAUCUGCGAAACCUCCUUCACCCUCACCCCGGCGGGUGGGGGAAGCUCAGCAGCUGGGAGCACACCCCGGAAUUCCCCCCUCGCUCUAGAAAAUUUGCGUGUAUACUUGUGUGAAAAAAUUAUAGCUGAGAGACAUUUUGAUCAUCUGCGUGCAAAAAAAAUACUCAGUAAAGAAGACACUGAAGAAAUUUCUUGCCGAACAUCUAGUCGAAAAAGGGCUGGAAAGUUGUUAGACUACUUACAAGAAAACCCCAAAGGACUAGAUACUCUAGUUGAAUCUAUUCGAAGAGAGAAAACACAGAAUUUCCUAAUACAGAAGAUUACAGAUGAAGUGCUAAAACUUAGAAAUAUAAAACUAGAACAUCUUAAAGGACUGAAAUGUAGCAGCUGUGAGCCUUUUCCAGAUGGAGCCACAAGCAAACUUACUAGAUCAAAUUCAGAUGAGAGUACUUGCUCUGAUAAACUGAGACCAUCCACUGUUAUGUACCACCCAGAAGGAGAAUCCAGCACAGCUCCCUUUUUUUCUACUCAUUCAUCUCUGAAUUUGCCCAUAUCUGAAGUAGGCAGAACUGAAAAUGCUUCCUUUUCUUCAACUACGCUUCCGAGACCUGGGGACCCUGGGGCACCUCCUUUGCCACCAGAACUACAGUUAGAAGAAGAAGGAACUUGUGGAAGUUCUAGUGACAUGUUUCUUCCCUUAAGAUCACGCGCUAUUUCUCGGCAAUGAUGGCUUCCUGCUCUCUUUCUGUUGUUUUUCGUUUCUUGUGCCUCACUUGACUGCUCAGGUCCUACUCCGAAUGUGUUGCUUGGGGAAUCCUGAGGUGGCAAGAACUGAACCUGGGCCUCCCACGUGCAGAGCAUACACGCUAGUGCUCUCUCUCCCAACCAGUGCCUUUUCACUUAAAAAUAAUGACAAAAUGUAUGAAAAGAUAUGAAUCUUUUUUAUAAAAUUGCUAUAAUUACUUAUUAACAUUUGAUACAUGCCUUAAAAUGCAAUGUAAGCAUACUCUGUAAAUAGAAUUUUUUGGAAUAAAAUAAGCAUAAUUUUUA